AACAACUUGCAAAACAACGAGGGAAUGUCUGAUCACAACCUCACUAACACGGAAAGAUCCCAUUUAGAUGAAGAAUGUAUUAACGUUGUUUUUCAUGCUUUGCUUACUCCCACAUUUAAUUUCCAGCGACGUUAUAAUAAAGUGGUCCUGCGUGGACACCCGCCAUUUUCCUGGCGUCCUGGAAGACAACUGGAGAUACGCGUUGGGAGGUAGGGCGCUUGAUGCUGGUAUCGUUUAGAUUAUGCUCAUGUAUGACAUGACUGGGAAAAAAAACCGUUUACUUUGACUGAUGUUUUGUUUUCUUAGAGAGAUUUCGAAUGGUUACUUCAUUUUGGAAGGCAAGGCUAAGCUGUCUUUGCAAGAGGCUUACCGAGGCGUUUCAUAUAAGUACGUCGUUGUACAGCAGAAUGGAAAGGAGCUGUGGGAGUGCCUUAUUGGAUUCAAGUCUCUCGUGCCUGGCCAUGUUAAUCGUUGCCUUAUCAUUCCCGAAGCAUCUAUUAAAGCAAAUAGUAAGUACAAAAGUGUUUCAGUUCUUGUGACGUCUUUAAUAAACAGUGCAUAUCCAAAAACACAUAAUAACAUGGUAUUACUGGUCAAAACGUGUUAAAUAUUGCUUAGUGACAAGUACAGCAGAAAAUGAAAGUGAUUCUGAAUUCAAGUUCUUUCAGUUGUAUGAUUAGAAUAGCUUACUGAAUAGCUUCUUAUUUGUUUUCUUUCUUUUUUUCUUUUUUUUUUUCUUUUUUUAAUUACACAGCUACAUGGCAUCAGUAUGACGAUGCAGUCUUCAGUGAACCAGGAUUCCUGGAAUCUCUCUGUAGUCAUAUUCAACCGUUAAGAAGCAUUGUCCGAGACCCUGUGGAAGGCCGAAGGAUGGCGAUGUUUGCUAUGCUUCCUGAAUUGGACAAUAUCUUUGCAGAACAUAGAGGAGAACGGUUGACCGCCCCUGCUGCUAUAACUAAGAUCAAUAGUAUACUAUAUUGCAUGUUAAAUUGCGUUUUUGAGAAUGGAGGUUAUCGCUUCCCUCGUGAACUAUUUGGUUUUGAUGCCAAACAGGUUUGUGCUGCAAACAAAGUUUUACUCCUUCAUAACUUAGGAACUUGACAAGUAAGCAUGUGAUCCCCGCAAAAAUUCAAGUUAUCUAAUUUCUGUAAGUCGCUAAAUUGUCGCCCGUAAAUUUCUCGUUCCCCUAGCAAAUUCUCUUCUGUUGCAUGGAAUUAAGGAAGAGAAAAUUUAGUUAGCACUUAAUUUUACCGAAGGACGGCAAAAUCUGUCAGUGCGCACACAAAAUUGCAACUGAACCCAUUAACUUCAAAUCCUGGAACCCAGUACGGCCGGGGCAUCUGGGCCUGGUUACAAAGUAGAGGUGCAAAUUUAUUUCUCGCGUUGCGAUAAUUUAUUUCGUUUCAUCACACAUGGCCGGAAAACUCUUCCUCUUCGAGACCUUCGACGUCUUCUACUUCAUCAAACUUCUUUGUUACAGUCAUUUGUGAAUCCCGGAGCACAGGAAUCAAGUGCCCUAGCGAAUGAAUGUUCAUAGAGCGCAAAAGCUGAUCAAAAUCGAUCGCUAGCCAAUUUUCGCUCAUUGUUUACUAAUUGAUCAUAGAUCGUAACGCUAUCUAAAUGAUCUGACUGAUCGUUGUCAUUUUCUAGCUCCCUUAUAAGACUCGCCAACAACUGACGAAUAAACAGAACCAUUUGCUGUUGUUCCGCCAUUUUGUCAGCUGUGUUAAAUACUUUUUAACCAGGCCCAGAUAGCCUGUUCGUACUUGGUACCAGGAUUUGACGUUGUUGAAUUUAGUUGCAAUUUUGUGUGCGGACUGAUAGAUUUUGCCGUCCUUCGGUAAAAUUAAAUACUAACUGAAUUUGCUGUUCCUGAAUUCCAUACAAUAGUAAAGAAAUUGCUGUUACUGAGUAAAAAAAUUGUGUCCCACAGAAUUUGGUGUGACCGAAUUUGGAGUUAUAGAAAUUGGCACACAGCAUAGGAUUUGGUGCAAAGUAACGAAUAUGAAACCACUGGAUAGAAUUUGAUGUGACAGAAUUUGAUGUCAAGACAUCGAAUUUGGUGUUAUAUCAGUAUUGAAAUUAGAAACACGGAAUAGAAUUUGGUUUUGUCGAAUUUGAUAACACAGGACAGAAUUUGCUAAGGGAACGAGAAAUUUUCGGGCCACAAUUUAGCGAAAUACAGAAAUUAGAUAAAUUGAAUUUUGGCGGGGAACACACGCCAUAGACAAGUCGCUCAACUUCUCAAGCAACACUUGAUUGACAGUUUUUCGUACUUGAACGUGUCAGUAGUUACUGUUUUAUGGUUUAUAACAACUUACUCCCUUUUUGCCUUUUUUUAAGGUUCUUUGGGAAUAUCUUUCUCGGCGGUUGAACCAAAACAUACAAAUCUUACAACUACACACAAAGGACGAGAAUCUUCAAGACAAGCGAUUGGUUACCUCUGCAAUCAUUACGUCCCUUGUCGGUUAUCAUGAAAUGACUUUUCUUAGAGAUGACGAGAUAAGAGACCUCUUGGAAUGUCUGACUUUAAAUGGGGAUCCAGAUCGCAGGAGAUGCAGUGGCCUUAAUGCGAUUUUCCUUCACUUUGACCAAAUGGAACAUUUAAGGUAAAAAUAAUGUGUUAUGAAAUAUACUUUAUUUCCCCAUAACAUUAGUUCAGAGUGUUUCUCCCUUGCUUUAUAUGAUCCAUUGAGUAGUAUAAAUUGCGUUUAGGUAUGAUUUUCUGGUCAAUAGAAACAUUUUAAAUGUGUUAAAAUGAAAAGUGCAAAUGCCAUGCCUGUGCCAGACAAAGAGGCGCUAUAUCAGUAGGCUAUAUUACUAAUCUGUCCGUUUCCAAAGUGGCAUUGGGGAACAAAAUGAAGCCAGAUAAAUUGAAUUGUUUUGGAUAGGGUCAUUACUAUUGCGUUUACUACCACAUACUAAGAGUAACUGGAAUGUUCUAAUUCAACUUUAAUUGAAUUCUAUAGCAUAGUGGCAGAUGGCUUGUGGCGAAUUUGCAACUAUGUUAUUGAGAAUCUCCCUGGAAUCUACCAUUGGCUUUUUACGGUGCCUCUGCUUCAUUUCCUUUCCGGAGUUGCUGCUCCAUACUCUGGUGAACUAUCCUCAGUACCUAGUUCCGUUAAAGACGAUACUUGGUGGGGAGCGCAAGAAAUUAAUUUUCAGAGUGUUCGGAAACGAGCUGAGUUGAUGCCGUAAGUAUAGUCCUGCUAAACAAGAGAUGUACCAUACGACAGUAACUUAACUACCACGGCAAUUAGUGACUUCUGUUAAAUCUACCUAUACUGUAGUAUUGAAUAGUACUGCUGUGAAUACAGCCGCCUUUCAUCGCUCCUCGUCGCAGAGACGUAUCGCGAAACACACCCAGUAGGGAUGAAAGAUAGCUGUAUUUGCAAAGUAACUGAACAUUUUAUAAAAACUUUUAAAGUCGUUGUUGUUCAUGUAACUUUCGGGAUUCCCUUCAAACUUAUAAGGAGCAAGAAGCUCAGAAAUACAACGCUUCGUGUUAUUUCCAGUAUCUUACGCAUGCACACAGCCGUAUUAUCCUCCAGAAUUUUCCCUUAUAAGGACGCAUGCAGUCCCCGCAGUUUUCUGACAAGGAAUUAGUAUCUUACAAGAACGAAACAACUGUACAAAAGUAUAUGGCUGCCACUUCUUGAGUGUUAUAGCUGUGCACAUGCGUAAGUCACUGCCCAAACCGAAAAGAUCAAAUAAUGCUGCGACUGCAACAGAACCCUUGAAACGCGAUUGACUGAAUACAAACGAGCGACAAGAAACGGUAAUGUCAACAAUCGCAUCGCUGAACACCAGUUACAGACGAAAUAUCAAAUUUACUGGGAUUCUGCGUCAUGUACAGACUACUAUCAACGUCUCACUUUAAUUUAGAAAGCUUGUUUACUUACUUAGAAAAAAUGCCACUGAUUCAAAGUCAACAGUUACCGGCACCGUACAAACUGCUUUUUGUUGGACCCAAGUAAAACGGACAACGACAUAACAACUGGACAACCGCAAACAAUACAGGGUGUCCCAAAAGUUCGUUCCUCUACUUUAUAAGACUGUAAUGUAGUACGAUUGGACUUGGUAAGCAAAUCACUUAAAUAAAAGUUGUGUCUUUCAAAGUAAUUUAAUAUUAUAUACUUGUUGUGCCAUCUUGUGACUCUAAUAUUCGAUUUGUGUGCUUCCGCGCCAAAGGUGCGUGUGCGCGAGUACAUUUUCCGCCACAUAUUUUUUGUAUUUUAUAGCUGAUUUGCUCAAACUCCUUCUCAUCCUCGGAGACCCAGGGGCAGUCAGUUGGGCCGGGAGAAAAGGCGCGACAAAAGUUUUCAAGCACAGGCGGAAAAGCCCCUGGGUACCGACUCUCUCCGGACCAUUUCCAAACGGUCAAGUGAAUGCUGGCUCCUGAUUGGGCACAAAAAAUGCUUUGUAUUAUUAUGCCCAAUAGGCGAACAGCAUCUCCUGAGUUCUUUUCGUGAGUUCGUACAGGACGGCUAUUGACUCGAUCACGGCUUGUCUGGCUCAUGCACCAAAAAAACGCACGCAGUCAGGAAUCUUUCAGUUUGAUAUAAACGCUACAUUUCAAAAUACUGGUAGUCUUUACACUAGAGCCUAAAUAAGCUACGAAACAUUUCAAGACAAGUAAAUUUUAAAUUCUUCAAGUAAAAGAAAGCUUCACACACAACCUAUCUUUUUCACUUCAGGUUUUCCCACGCAAAAUAAUUAAGAUUGAUUGACAUGCUUCGCUUUUCGCAAAGCUUGGAAAACCGCAAGUUCGCUAAGUCGGUUUUAAUGAGACGCAAAGUAAAGUUACUUGAGAUUUUACUUAGGCCUUCACACACGCAUUUUUGGUUAAGUAAAACUUAGCAGCUCUUAAGUCUUACUUACCAGCCUAGUGUAAAGACAACCACUGUCUACACGAAAACUAAAGACGCUUUUCCAAAAAUACAAGCUUGAGCUUACAACUGACAGGUAUUCACGCUUGCAUCGAUCACGCCUUCGUAAAUCUUAGGGAGUUUUGUAUGUCACGACAGCUUACAACCACGAAAACGUCGCAUGAAGAGUAAACUCACAUUUUUUCAGUCUCUAUCGUGAUUAUUCCAACUCACUUACUUUGUCAAAUGCAAGCGAACUCUUCUGGAGCUGAAUUUCUAUCAACCAUAUCCAAGUUUUCCCUGCUAGCAGAGGUCUCUCACGACGAGGAAAAAAUGAGAGGAAGGAGAGAGGUCUCUCUCCUUCUCUCUCUCCGUCUAGGCAUUUUAACGUGGUAGUCGUGCAGCGACGGCAAAGAAAUGUACAAAAAAGCGUGAUGCACGUGCAAAGUUGUUGUUUUGCCUUGUCAAGCUAUUGCUUUUUUUACUUUCUCGUCGCCGCUUCAUCGUAAACUUCCUAUUAUUUACAAUACAUUGUGAUUCGUCAGAAACAGAAUUUUCUUAGUGCAAAUUAAAUUGCUCCUGCUGAUAGCAUCUGAAACGUUUUUCGACUCAUCGGUAGUUCCUUCGUUUCUGGUUAGCAAAACUUGCUGAACGAACCCGGCAACUGUGGCGAGAUAAUAGCCGUUGUGUACGAACCCACGAAAAGAACUCAGGAUAUGCUGUUCCCUAAUUGGGCACAAUAAUACAAAGCUUUUUUUGUGCCCAAUCAGGAACCAGCAUUCUCUUGACCGUUUGGAAAUGGUCCGGUGACAGUCGGUACCCAGGGGCUCUUCCGCCCAUGAAACUUUCGUCGCGCGUUUUAACCCGGCCCGACUCACUGCCCCUGGGUCUCCGAGGAUGACUCCUUCUUUGUUUUUGUGAAUAUCAUGAAAGAAAAAACCUCAAAAAGCAAAAACGUUCAGCUACGUGAGAGCAUAAACAUGUUUACUUCGAUUUACCGGCUUAUCAGUAGAAAUAACUGAUAAAUUAAUGGAAAAAUCCGAAUUUUCGGUGGUGAAAUGGUCAUCGAGAAAUGAAGGUUUUGAAGACAAAAAAAGGAGGGGAAGACUGAUAGUCCUGAAUAAAGCGGCUAAAAUAGUUUUGAAGAAGGUUAGAUACAAAUUAAAAGAGACAACUCGACGAGAUAGCUCUCACAAUAGUUAGCAAGCCAUGUCUAGAGCAGUUUCAUGAAAAGCGAAGGUUAGAGGCCCUUAAACGGCAAAUAAAACCUCUCUUAAUCUGCAAAGCAAAUUUGUAAAGAGGUACAAAAGCGUUACUGUGAAUAGAGGCUGGGAUGAUUAUGUGUUUUUGGAUGAAUGCUUAAAGUAUACUUUUCCAGCUGCGUAAACGCCCAAACUAAAAAUAAUGUUGUUUGGGGGAGGGUCGAAGCGGAGAAGUGGCUCUUGCGUACCAGGUGAUAAAAAAGGUCAAAAUAGAGUCAUCUGUGGCUCUACAUGCUGUAUCCCACUCCAUAUGCUGCAACGGCUUCAUAAAAUAACGAAGGGGGAAUGCCGGUUACUGAAAUUCUGAAUCGAUGGAGCAAUGAACACCUUCUAGAAAUUUCAUGCGAGAAUAAAGUUUUGAUCAAAAGUUAUAGCGCAUGAAAUUAGAGGAACGAACUUUUGGGACACCCGGUAAACGAUUGUUAAACUGUGACAAAAGACCGAUUGAAACGCACCAAUGACAUUACUCCACCUACUUUAUAAAAUGGCACCUGGGUUCAAACCUUUCCAGCGAAAAAUUAAAGUUAAUGAGGUCUUUUGUUGUUACUGCUCUUGAGUAGUUAUUUCUGUAUACGCCCUAGCUUCUUGCAAAUUGAAAAGAAGUUUUAAGUUGUUUGCUUUGUUAUCAUUGCAGCAACAGUACCCCUCUCAAUCUGCUUAUUCAGCUCACCCCACUGUUCAAGGUCGAUCCCUUAUUUAAGCGGACAUUUUUGUUGGCUCUUCCCAUUUGUGACCUUGUUAAGGCUCUAGAAAGAAACAUAUUUCAACUGCACGACGUCUGCUGGACGCUCGCACGAGUUGUGGAAGAGAGAGAUCCCCCGUAUCUGUCUCCAGAAAAGGUAACUAGAUAACUUCACUUUCUUAAUUAUGGAGUAAUUGAACACCGCCGUAAGUUAACUUGGGAUUUGGGCCGUUUGUCAUGAUUUGAUCGAUUGCAUUAGAUAUAGGGGUAAUUGAAUGCUUGACUACUUUAUUUUGGAGCUUAAGAAACUUGUGACGAGGAAGAAUUAAGCAAAAACGUUGACACCUCUCAAGGCUUAUCGUUAUCAAUCAACUUCGCCCGGAGUUGCGGAAAACGUCCAUGGAUUUGUAGGGACGCCAAUCAACUUCGUGUCUUUACGUCCUCAUAGAACGUCUUUUAGAUACUGGUUUUCACGACAGAGCCGUGCAUUUACGGCAAAGAAAUGUAAAAAGAAACGUGAUGACCGUCCUGAGUUGUUGUUUUGCGUUCUCGCCGCUGUCGCCGACGUCGUUGCUCAAGCUUCCUUUUGUUAAAGCGCCUACGACGACCCAAAGCUGGUAAUAUCUUAGCCCCGCGUAACAGGCGCUUGUAAGUAGUAAGUAAUAGGGAAAUUGAGCAACAACGACGACGACGUCUACAAAAACGUCACUUGUAAGUGAAUUGUCUUCGUUCAAGUCCUCCACAAACCGUGAAAUUAGUCACUUUCACGUUGUAGUCGUGCAGCAACGGCAAAGGAAUCAAUCUAAUCAAUCUUGCCAAUCUAAACCGUAAUUGCAUUUUUGCCGUUCUCGUUGCCGUCGCCGUCGUCGUUAUUGAGCUGCCUAAUAUGCUACGUACGCAGGCAGGUAAUAUCUUUGAAAUGUGAUCACUGGCCAAUCUCUGACCACAGGAUGAUCUGGAGCAACAAUAUACUUUUUUCAUCGGAUAAAAAGUAUAAAAACAAUUGCUUUAUCAACUGUAUGAGGUAACUUUUUCAACCCUUGAAACCAACUCUUUUUCUUUGCUGACUAUAUAACUCUGCUGAUGUUUUUACUUAGUGGGUUUCCCUUGAAAAUGCCAUUACUCAAAUGUGCCUUGAAGUCGAAGCAUAUGCCAGGUGAGAGCAUCGUUGGUCAAAUAACACUCUUGUUUAAUUAAAAUUGGGGUAAGAAUUUUUUCUUAAACAGGAACGUUUUUGUUUCAAGUCUGCCUGAUCACUUUUGGAAGCGCGUGUUGUUAAGAGAAUGGUGAAGGCGGUAGGAAAACCAGUGUUUCAUAUGUCUAUCCUACUGACAUUGCUUUGUACGGAAAAACGACCUUUAUAGAAUAUGGCUGUUUUUAUCAAGAAAAGAGAUUUUCUUUGCGAGUGUUCAAAAUGACAUCUUCUGCUUAUAAUUAAAAAAAACCGAGUUAAAAAGCAUUGCCAGCCUCUCUACCAUAGUCUUUAUCUCGGAACUAAAUAUUUAAAAUUAACUCCGUUUUUCUCUUUUAAGGACAAAUGAAUCUACCUACAAGGCAAUGAUGUCUCUUGCGCAGGCUGCGUUCUAUCUUUUACACCAUUUGCUCUCAGUACACGGAUUGGCGAUCCGUAAAGAAAGCCAGGUCAUCUCUGGUAUUUUUCAACUUCUGGCCAAAAGCCUUCAAUUGGCCAAGCGCUGUUUCGUCGUGUAUGCAUCAUCAAAAGAAGCUGAUGACAGUUGCCAAGACAUUUUUCAAAGGGCAGUUCAGUCCUUACUUAGCUUUUUGGACGAAAAUUUUAGAGAGAGCUUGUUCUACGCAUCGAAAGAUUUGCGACAAGAAGAAUUUCAGGUACGAUGUUAUGUCCAUCUCCUGGAUUCUUCUUUAUCAUCUGCUAAGUUCUUUUACACGUUGCAAUAAAAAUUUGAAUAGUAAAUCCUCUUCAUAAUUUAGUUCUUGGGCAAAGUUCGGUUUUUCUUCCUCCAAUGUAUAUACAAUCAGAAAAAUUUGCUGAGACGGUAUGCCUUGAAGGGUCUCUAAGACGUUUUUCCCAAUCCAGCAGCGGUCUGGGGAGGGGAAAAGGGCGCCAUCCUUUCCCAUCCACAGACUACCUCUCGGCUGUCUUCGCUCGCCGAUAUUUUUUUUCGCCCACGCCGAUUUUGUCCUUUUUCCCCCCAAUUCGGUGCCUAGUCCCAGGCUACUACACUACCCUUCUGGGUACAUGUUGAAACAAGCUCCUUCUCUCUUGGUUGAAAACAACAAAUACCUUAACUUUGAAUAGAGGGAAGGGCCAGAUGGGUGUGGAUUGUUUUGUUUCCCAAAGUUAUCUCAUAUGAGGACAUGUCUCAACAAUAAUAUUUUGUUCCCGAUUGUAGGUGUUUUAAGUCUUUGUGGCGGCUGAAGGCUUGUUAGACAGUCAUUAUGUUAAGUUACGUUUGAUGUGCCAUGUGCAGUAUAUGAGAGUUGAUCGGUUGAUUAGUCGUUCAUUCUACACACACUUUCAGUUAAUAUAUCUGUUUUAGAAAGUAACCUGCCAUUUCCUUAGUGUGAUGUUUAAUAUUUUUUCUCAAAGUUAUUCAUGAUUAGCCUCAGUUAUCGGCUUUUGCGGUGAGUACAAGUGCGUACUGGUUUAGGCUCCAGUGUUUAUUGAUGCCCAGAGAAAAUAGAAACUUGACUGCAUUGAAGGUUAGAAAAGACUAUUUAUUAAGUUUAGUUUCUUUCCUAAAACAUAAUAGGUUUGGUCAACAUUGCUGUCCGUGAUGAUCGAGGAGAGGGAAUUUCAAGUCAUCUGGGAGCAUGGUGUCAGGGAGGCUCUUAAACGUCGAAUAAAUCUGGUACAUUUUUUUCCAGAUAUAGCUAGCAUAUUAGCCUGUCAAAUGAGUUCAGACCUCGAGUUGGUGUGCAUAGCCUGCGAACGGCAGACGUUUCUCCUCGCUCAUCGCUUCUGAGGGACGUUUCGCGAGUCCCUCAGUGGCGAUGACUGAGGAGAAAAGUCUGCCGUUCGUAGGCCAUGGUGUGCACGGAGGAUACUUAUAUUUACCGCAGCUUAUGAGUGAACUUCUCACUCGUUUCUAAUUUCGGGUUAAUUGCUUUCGUCUAAAACACUUCUUCAAGUGAGUAACUGUAACAGAAAUUCCUGAACCGUAUAGCUUUCAUGGUAAGAAAAAGAAAAGCUGAAUUUCGAACAAUGAGACGAAGACGGAGAGAAAAGUGGAUCCAGAAUUACAGACUUUGACCAAAGAGUGCGCGCUACAGGACCUUUAUAGAAUAUGGCUGUUAACUAUGUCUUUCAAGUGCUACCUUUAUUACGAUACGGAAACGUCGGUCAGGCCUGGUUUAAUAGAAAUUAUCCGGGAAAUUUUCCGUGCAUCAAAGACUGGUGAAACCAGUCAACCAAACCAAGUACGGCAGGCUCACAUAAAGAAGAUGGUAUGGAACGAAGAUGCAUUUACACAACGCUUUCCAACAGCAAAAGGGGUCCGGACCGGUUUUUUUUUUCGGUUUUGGGGCCACAACACCAGAAAAAACGAGUCCGGAUCCAUUUCAUGAAAACAUAGUACGGAAGGGUUACACGGAAAAAAUAUCUGGUCCGUACCAACUUAUUUACGGGUCCGGACCCAUUUUUUUCUGUAGUGUAAAUGGGGCUAUAGUCACCUUCUAAAUCUGGGUUACUGAUGACCUGGCCUAACUGCAUUUUUUCUUGAUUUGUUUGGAGUAAUGACUUGAGAACUUGUACUUAAAUGCACACGGCUAAAAAAAAUUCUUACUCCAUCUUCUCAACUUCGGAAUUCUUGUAUUAAACAGAUGGAAAAGAAGCAUAUUGUGGAGUUGUUUUGUGAAUUAGAUCUGAGGACCUACCACCAGGAAAUUGGCGAAUCUUUCAUGGCUGCAUCAUUUGAGGCCGUAGACUGUCUCGCGGAGGUAUGCUGUUAAAAUUAGUUUCAAAUUAUUUGGAAAGAAAGUGUUUAGAAGGCUUAUUUACGCCAUGCAUAUAUAUCUAUACUAUAUCUCUACACUAUAAUCGAUUAGUGCUGCUUAUUAAACUUCACCUGGAGUUUUUGAAGCCAAUUUACCAUUGUAAAUCAACUAAAAAGCUGACGUUUCGAACGUUCAAGCGAUUGUGGGUAAUGAGUGGCUUGUAUAUCGUAUAAGCAACACACAUUGCAUGGAGUUCAGCCGUAGGAUGGAAACUUGAUAACAUCUUUAUAUGAUUGUAACUUGAUCGACUCAAUCAUCCCUCACCGAUCACGGUUUUAGAAAUAACCCUUCAUUUAUACGUCCUCACAUAUAUCACAGAGCGGGGGAAACCGCUAAUGGUGCCACUUCUGAGGCUGAUACUUGGCAUUCAGCCGGGUGUACAUUAACAUUGAACAAAAACCUCCAUGAAACUUUGCAUGAUAAAAUCAGAUACAUUUCCAUGUCUAUUUGCAGGAUCUAAUAAGGAAGAGACUCACAGAACAAGACUCUGGUCCUAGAAAAUUGCUUGGCCUCUUUUUGAAGAGAUGUUGGCCUAAAGGGGAUGGUGGCAAAAAGCCUUCACAGGGUGAUCAGUUGAGAUACAUUCUUUCCUGGAAGCCGAUGGCUAAAUACUUUCAGUGCUUCGGUAAGUGGUAAUAUCAAUAACGAUGAUGAUGAAAAUAAUUACAGUCACGUAGAAACAAGGUUACACGAGUUCGAGUUAGCGGGGGUUCCAGUUAUCGGGGUCAAUUGCAAAAUUCAAUUUUCAGUGUUAAAAAUUGAUAGUUCUUGAGCUUUCAGCACUUCAGUGUAUUGUGCUACUGCAGUGCAAGUUUAAAUUAUUUUCACCCGAAACGGCAACAUGAUAAUAUAGGCAUUUUAUGAUAAAACGUGAUCUGUUUCUUGCGCCAAUUAAAUUCAAAUUGCUGUAGCAUUAACCAGUAUUGGAUUUUGUGUUUUUCUGAUUAUACAACAAGAAGAGCUAAUGCGAUGGAAUCCGAGUAAAGUUACAAGAAGCAGAAUUCUAGUCAUCGGGCUAAUUUCCAGUAAAUCUUUAAUUAAGGGAAAGGAAAUUUUGUUCGAGUUAGCAGGGAUUCGAGUUAUCCGGAUUCGAGUAAACCGACGGAGUAAAAAUGACUGAAAAGUGAAAUCCCCCUCCAAAAAAUUGGACUAAGCUUAGUUCGAGUUAGCGGGGAGUUCGACCUAUCCGAGUUCGAGUUAUCGGGGUUCUACUGUAUAAUAAUAAUUCUCAUAAUCUUUAUUAUAAUCACAUUCAUAAUCAUAAUAAUCAAAAAAAUAACAAUGAUAAUAAUAAUGAAGAUAAUGAUAAUGAUAAUAAUAAGAAGUAGUAAUAGUAAUAAUGGUCAAAGUAAGAUCAAAGGUUUUACAAUAUACUCGUUAUUUUUUACUGUUUUUUGUUAUGCUGAUAAUAAUAAAAAGUAAAUUUCAAAGGAUAAUUUGAUGUUAAUAAUGACACUUCUAACAUGUCAUAUGUCACUAGAACGAAUACGAAAUGAGCAGCACAUAAAUUCAACGCCUAUCGAAUAAAUCAUUUAUUGGUUUCUACGUUUUAUUGGCAGCUAGUAUUCAUAAUUAAAGAAAGAUUUAUCGUUUACUAUGGUAAUGAUGUGUGGUUUAGGUGGUGACAAGUUGCAAGGAGUUGCUCUACCGGACGACGGCCUGGACCUCCUAGUAUCCGCUUCCUCACUCCUAGAGCAUGUAGGCCAGGGGUUGAGAACUGCCGAGAUUGAUGCACAAACACUUCGAAUUGUCGAGAAACAAUCCGAGUGUUUUUUGAGGCUGUAUUCCUUAGUCUCUCACGACAAAGAUAAACGCCACAGGAGCGAAGGUGAUCAGAGCAAGAAGGAUACAAGUCCAGAGACAAUAUUUCUUGACAUGCGCAGUGAAGAGUUAAAGGCUUUUGAGAAGGAGAGAGAAGCAGUUCGCUGUUUUGUCCAGAUGUGCACCGAUGUCAAGUCGGGUGAGUCAAAAAAGUAAUCUUUCUUAGGCCUAAGCCAAACGUCGAUCUUUUAAUUAGACGAACCAAGCUAUAAAUUAAGUCCACACCGCAAUUUUUAGGGAGUUAUUACAACUCCAAAAAUGGAGUAAACAUUUUAGGUACAGGAUAACCGCCCUUUUUCGGGGUUACCUUAACUCCUAAUUUAACUCCGAAUUUGGAGUCACUCCGAAAUGGGGUUAUUUUUACUCCUUACAUGGGUUGUUGUUACUCUUUUUGGAGUUAAUUUAACGCUGAAAGUGGAGUAAAAAUUUUAGGUACAGGAUAACUCCUUUUUUGGUGUUAUUUUAACUCCUCAAUAUCUGGGAUCACUCUUACUCCUGAAAAAGAGUUCUUUAACCUCCUUUUUGGAGUUAAAAUAACUCCCCAAAAAAUAACUCCACUAUAUUGUAAGGAGUUAAAUUAGCCCCACUAGAGGAGUUCUUGUAACUCUUUGAAAAUUACUGUGCACUGUUAAGUUAAGAUCGUCCGUUGUGUCAACCGCUGAACUAGCUUAGGACUCGUCGAACCAAUCAACUGAAUCAGACCAAAAAGCAACUUUAACAAAUUUUCUACCGAACUACGCUGAAUGUACGUUUCAUACAAAUUUUUAAUUCAUUAAUUUUUUUGUCGCAUGUGAGUCGACGUUUGUCACGAAGACGACCUUCGAUGGAUAGAACGUGUUGGACGAUCCAAACUCAUUCAAUCGAAUUUAACUGAGCCAGACGUCGAACUGAACUGAAGUCUGGUUCGUGUUAUGGAAAGUUCGACGUUUGGCCUAGGCCUUAGUUUUAUCAAUUGCUGGUUUUCACUGUCACGCCAUAAAAAAAAACCAAAAAUUUAGCGAAUUGUAGCACUUUUAUUACUGUCUUACGAGUUAUAAGUAUCUUGAAUCUCUAAGACCUGUUUCAAACAUCGUGUUACUGCCAUGCUAAGCUGGCUCGACUGUAGGUCGACUGCAGCACGACACUAGCACGACUUGGCUUCAGACGUAUUUAUGAAUUGAGUUUGGCACAGCAGUAGCGCGACUUGGUUUCAAACGUCGCGCUACUGCCGUGCUAAAAGUCGAAUUUGAUUCGAUCAACUUAAUUCGGCACGGCAGUAGCACGACGUAUGACGGAAACGGGCCUAAGAUCAUUAUAACGACGGUUAAUCUCGAGAAUCUCGAUUAAGAAGCAGUUUCAAAAAUUAUUAUUCCCUCUUCUGUUUAAGUAGAACAACAUUUGUACAAACCCCCUAAAAAAGAGCGUCUUGAUAAAAAUCAAUUAAAUCCUUCUCUUCGGCCUGCAAUCGGCUAAAGCUAUCUCCAUGAUCUUGCACCCCUAAAUGGGGUGAAAUUUAUAUAUUUUCAAGAGCGCUUCGUUUUCUACAGAUAACGGCCGAACGUUAAGAGUGUCCAAUUUUUACCGUGUUUCUGAAUAGGGCCACGGAUGUAAGAAAUAUAAUCUAGACAACGUUAUUUUUAUGACUUUAUUUUUUUGCAGUUGUUGAUGUGGACCUAGAUGAAAUCAAAGAAAAGUUAGACAAAGAUCCUUUAGCUUGCCAACUGUCAGAAAUGUGCUACAAGCGCAGUGCAGGUGAUGAACCCAUUGUAAAAUUCUUUGGCCUUUCUGCAAUGAAUAAGCGGAUGAUACAACCGCUCUACUGCGUUCAGGGUAGUUCACUUUUUGUGGCGUUGUGGCAAAAGUGUGUUCAAAGAGCAGCCGACAUUUCCAAAGACAAGGGAAUCAAUGGAAGGAUGACCAUAGAUAAUGUGUUUGAGCUUGUGUGGACACCUUGCUAUCGAAGAUGGCAGGACUUGUGGAUGAGAAUUGUCGGUGGAGAAAUUCGUCUUAAAGAAGUAAAGGAACAGUUUGGAAGAUUUGUGGAAGAUCAAAAACUUCUUGAUGCUGAGAUAGAAACAACUUUGGCGUGUUUUUCUGAUAAAGAAGGUGUCGAAGAGUCCGAUCUUUAUCAUCGAAUUGAUCAGAUCAAGCAGUCACUUAAACUAAGUGAGUGUUCCGAUGCAGUAGAAAUAGUCCUGCUCUUUAAAAAUGAAAUGGGCCUUAUGGGAGACUUCCAAGGACUUGAGGAUUUCCAUGAUCAGGUAAUUAUUUUUGUUUUUUUAUUUUUUGUAUGUUUGUUUGCUUUUUUCAUUUUCUGUAGUGGAUCUAUCACUACUCCAUCGAUGUUUCAGUGGACCUUAGACUUCCAUAUAAGGUUAAAAUUGACACAGGGGACAUAUUCGAGAGAACAUAUUAAGCUAAAUCCAAAAAUACUCAGUAUUGAAAUGAUUAUAUCUUUCACUCAACGCUUUGUGUUGCAAAGAUUGGAUUGGAUUUUUUUUUAAAUUUUAAUUAAUUAAUUAAUUUAAUAUUUAUUUAUUUAUUUAUCAGAUAAUUUACCACCAAAAGUGGCAGGGGAGCCCGAAUAGAAAGCCAUGGGGCUUAUUACAUUCAGGCUACCCAUUUAUAAACAAUUCAAGUUAUUUAAGUACAUGAAUGACAAGAAUAAGCUAAGUAUAGGUAGCAAUGCCAAGAACUUACAUAGUAAAGCUGUUUGCGUUUAAUUCCGUACAGAUUGAAGAAUCGUUUGACCGGCGAACACUAGACACUAUCAGUGAAGGCCUUUUAGAAAUGGGAAAAGGCCUUGAACAGCUUACACGAGAAAAGAUUGAGUGCUUGAGAACUGUCAUUAAAUGCAAAGAGUACAUCUUGUGGCUUCGAGAAGAAUUGAAAGGUAAAUGUUAUUUCCGGGAAAAUAAAAUUAACAAAUGACAGACAGUUAGCAAAUCUCUUUCUUUGGAUACUAUACAGCAUUGGUACGCAUGACAGGGGAUUCACUUCCAGAAAGAGACAUUAGCCCUGUUAAUUAAAAAAAUGCUAUGUGGAUUCAAAACCUUUUUAAGAUUGACUGACUGAAAAAGGCGUGCUUCAAGUUAAUCACUUUUGCUCUGAUAAUAAACAAUUAUUCACCAAUGAAUGGCCUUGCCUUUUACUUUCCAUCCCACUGAGGCUUAGAUUCGCUGGACAGCGGUAUCGAAGGCUCUGGAGACGAAAUCGAGAGGACAAAUAUACCGAACUAAGGCAUGAUCGAAGAUUGUUCAAUCCCAAUUACGGACCAAUAAAAUUUGAGGUUUAAGUAUGCAACUGAUGAAAUCUUCAACCGCUUGAAUUACCUGACCUCUCAGGAAUCAUUCCACAAAUUCAUAAAGCGUUAUUGGUUCGUUUGCAAAAGAAGAAAUUGACAAUCUCUUGUUUUCAUAUUGAUUGGGCGAUCUUCUCCCAAGUGUCCCGGUUUGAGAGUUCGCACUACGGUAAGGAUCCAAGACAAUUAAUUUGGGUCAUCUGCACGGCUGAAACCAGAUUACUAACGAGAAGCAAGAUAACAUAGGGCAAAACAAAGCUGAAUCGUAAGAAAUUAGCCACAUUACCUUUAGUUUAACGCAUUGCUGCACCCAGGAUUCAUCUCGGAAGUAUAAUAAUAGGUUAUUUGCGCUAGACAAUGGUAAAAUUUACCCCCGUGGAACUGGAAAACAUCGUAUUUCUUGACGAUGAAGAACAAAAAUCACAAAGUGUAAUUUUCCCCUUUUUUAAAAGCGAUUUUAUUGGUAAAAAUGUUACUUAAGCAAGUCAAUCGCACGAGUGAUUGUAAUAAGAAUCUUGAUUAUUGGAUAGAUCUAUAUUAGCCCUUCAUUUCCACAAAUUGUCUGGAAACUUAUAGUCCUUGAAAUAGUCAGUCAGCAUUUAAAUGGUAAGCAUAAAUAAAUAGUCUUCUUUCCUUUUCUUUUUUUUCCUUUUUUGUAAUUUAGGAGGGCGGGAAGAAGUCAAAACACUUGUGGACCUUGCAAUGAUGUCUGCCGGAGAAAGUGACAUUGAAACCGACCGUGUCUCAUUUUUGCACACUACAGCACUUGGAUUCGCUCCUUUCAUUUUUGAUCUGAAUAAAGAUAUUGGCUUCAGUCAAUUGUUAAGGAUAUUUGACACAGUUUGGAAAGAAAUUGACGAAAACAAAACUCUGCCUGAACAGCUGGUAAAGAAUAACUGUUUAGUUUAUCCUUGUCCGUAAUUUUUUACUUGCAACCACGUGACAAGGCUGCAUGCUAUGCUGAUGGUGUUUUGGUGGUCAAUAUAAUACAAUUUUUUCUAGAAGAAUUACAUGAAAAUAGGGUUUAGUUCCCAGAGGAGGGAAAUGCUUUUUUUCUUAACCCUAUUACACCACCAACAUAACCGCCGUGACGUCACGUGCAAACCAGCAAUUUGCAGUCCAUAUUCUCUAUUUGCUUUUCCGCUGUCAAAUUAAUGAAUUUUGGCGACAGAGUAUUUCCAGAACUUAACUCUGUUUUAAAUUAACCAGAUUUUUACUAAUGCGAUUAACUUCUGCAUGAUCAAGAUAUGCAUAACUGGCCUAAGUUGCGCUUUUCCUUUCUAGGAGGGUAUCACUGCUCAUCUAGAGUGGCUCAAGGGAGUAAAAGAUGCUCAUGCCAUGUCCUCUCUCGAAUUGGCCCAGAACAUUAAUGAAAGAGGCGUUUAUUGCAUUGGUCAACUGGACUCCACGACCGCAUCACAGCCUUCUGACAAGAAAACAGUUCAUUCUGUUGUCAAUUUGAUACUUCCUUUAGAGGGCGGUGCCAACGCAACCCCGGCUUUCAGAGAGUACAGUCUUGAGAAACUUCAAGAACUGCAAAGCAAAUUAGCCCUCAUCUCUGGUAAACGCUCUGCUGGGCAGGAUGAUGUGGACAAAUUUGGCCAGGUAAGAUUUUUACUUUCCUUGCUAAACACAAAUUACUUCACUGUCACCAAUCGUCAGGCGACUCAAUUUCUUUGGACGAUUACAUUCUCUGUUUAGAGUUUGAACAGUGAUCAAUGUCUGGCAAUCGUUAAAUGUCCCCCAUCUUAAAUACUCGUUUAUGGUUAAUCUGGCAUUCUAGGUAUGAGUAAGAAAUUGAAGGUCUUAGUGCACCUUCACGUCGAUCCUAGUUUGAAACUCAAUUUAGUGUCUACAUCGCUUUACGAUGCCUGGAAAUAACAAGUCAGCUACUUCUUUGUCAGAUUUUGCAAGGUGCCGUUCGACUGGGUCAGGCGUAUGUUAAACUCUGCGGAAUUGGAGAUGUGUCUUACCUCGACUGGAACAAGGAAUAUAAAUGUAAAAGCAGCAUUAUGGGUAAAGACGUCAUAAAUGACAUCAUCUCCAAAGCCCAGGAAUUCGAACUUCGCUAUGAUGCCUACAGAGUGCACCUGCACGAACAGAGAAUGAAGUAUCGUGAGCUUAACUAUUUCACAACACAGCAAUUACUGUUUUUGCGCAAGGAACUCGCUGCCAUUAAACGCAGCGCUAACAUAGAUUUUCUCAACUUUCAAGUGUUUGCACUUCUUGAAAAAAUUGCUCCCGGUAUUUCUCCGUCGGCCUUAAAGGAUGUUUUAAUUGAAGCUGGGGUAAUGCAAGAGAGUGAAAACUUUGACGAUAGAGUUUCAGACCAACCCCCAUUGCCUGGCAGCCAUGUGGUUGAUUAUCAUCAAGCACCAGGUGAACAAGUUGAAAUUGAAGAAAAAUUCGAACUUCUUCUGAAACGUGUUGAGAAGUUGAAUUAUGCCGAGGCUGAACGUCUAGCCUUAGCUGCCCUUGUGGACAACUGGCAAAGCAGUGAAGCCGACCUCGUGAUUUGGUGUGUACAAAACAACACCAAGGAUGAUCUGAUAGAUGAUCUCUGCGAUCAGGCGAAAAAGAAUCCCUUAUUUGGAGUCAUUGUAAAAGAGGUUGCAGGAUUAGAGUCUUCGGAGAGCUCAGAAGAUUCGGAAGAAGAAGACAUCAGGUAUUUAUUAUUUUUUGGCUCAACCCAUAACCUCAUACACUUAUGAGAGCUAGUUCGCUUGAUCUCACACUUCAUAUUUUUUAAAUUCAUUCCAGAAACAUUUACGAUAUUUUCGGUAAUUCUCACAAUCUGUGUCUACCGUUCUAUGAGGUCAGGAACGGUUUUUAUUCUGGCGGUGGUGGGGUGUAAGCCUGGGAGUAUUUUCCUUGGGGUGGGGUUCAACGUUUGCAGAUUUUUGUUCUGUUACACACAUUUUGGCAACACAAAACUAAACUUAACCUACUGAGGUAACAGUUUAUUAUGUACUGUUAUUUUUGUGAUUGACAAACUUCUUUAUUUGUAAAAAUUGAGGAGUCAUGGUAUUCUUACUUUGCGUCACGAAUAACCCUUACCUAACUGAUGGAUGCCAAUUCUUUGUAAGUUUAUCAGGUUCUUCUUUAAGCUCUCUCAAGCCUAUAAUUUAUUUUUCCUUCCAGCAACUGCAAGUUUAAGUGCACGUGCAAUGUUUCUGUUGUUUGUAAAUCAUUGUUGUCUCGAACGGUUGCGAGUUAUUCAUUUGCGAAUUUUGAACCCGUUAUUUUUCAUUAGCGCAUCAGACGAUAAUAAUUCUGAAGUGGUAGAAGUGGUAGACUCAAGCACAUUAGAAGAGAUCUCGUUUGACGAACAAAGAGGAGGCAGUUACUUAACCUUGGAAGAAGUCGCUGUUUUCCUAUCCCAUUUGGCUUCCAAUGGUAAUCAUCCACUGCUCACUUAAAUACGAGAAGAAAGCAUGGCCAAGUGGUUAGCGCGUCGGCACCCGGGCGUCGGCAGUCCCAAAUCACCCACUAAUGGAUUUUUUUUCCGAAAGCCGCGAGUCUAACUUUUUCGCCGUUUUGUAAAUAGUAACAUUAUUUGCAUUUUAUUUGGUAUAUUUAAUCUUAACUCACUUAUGUUAACUCACUGAUUUGAUUUUUUUGUUCGUCAUUUUCUGGUGGUGGGUACGGUUGUUUUUUGUUUCGUUACAAAAUAUACUUGGAAUUUUCCUCAAAAACCAGUUAAUAUUUAGAUUAGAACAAAAACAAAUGUUAUUAUUGGUUUUCCUUUCCUUAGAAGAAAGAACAGCAACGCGACCGUUUCCUAACUACUUGAAAAAGGGAAGACCAAAUCUGAUUCUGGCGCCCAGAGGUAAUACUUGUUUUAGAUCGCAUGUUUUAGGCCACAUCUUCGGUUUCAAAUGACAUCGAUGUCGUGAACGCUAAACAAAUGCAAGUCAUGGUUUUUUAAGGUACGUCACGUGUCUGUCAAAUACGGCUUUUGUGCCUGGCAACCAAUCAAUCAAGUAUCAGAUGAAAAAUUUAUUGGAAUUUAUUACGUUUUUCAUUGAAGCACUUUCCCCAGGACAAGUGCAUAAUACUUACUGGAGUGUGAUUACCCGUACGUUUGCGGGUAUAUGUGUGAAUGUGUCAUCUUUUGUUACAGAAAACAUUUUUCCUGCCGUGCUCAGCCUUUACAAGGAAGGUGGGGCACAGAAUCUUCCAGAUGGUAACGAAGUUCUGGUUUGCACAUCUACAACGACAGCAGAGGAGGUAAAAACCUGGAGACUGUUUUAUUCCGUGCUUAAAUUAAACUUUUUUCGACCUUGUUGUUAGCUUAUUGACCCUUCAGAUUACUUCAUGCCUCAUCCUUCUAUUUUCCUGGAGCCGCUUUUAUUUUGUCCGCGUUACCUCGUAAUAUCUUUUCUAUUUAAUCAUGCAAAGGAAAAGUCUUCGAUGAAACUGCUCCAAUGAACUUACUUGAUUAAAUGUUACUUUAUUACAUUAAGUUAUGUCAUUAAUUCAUGAUGGAGACCCUUUAAUUCAAUAAGGACUCCACCGAUAAAUGCUUUUACUCGUGAUUUCCAAGAUUUAAUUUAAGGAGGUAUAUCACUUUGCCCUUAGAGCUGCUUGCGGGAAGGACAGCCUUUAACUAAAUACUAUCUCAUAAUUGAGCGAAAAACAUACAGGAACUAACCAAGUGAAAUUGACCAGCGCUUAUUCUCUGGGCAUGCGUGCAUUCAUGGCUUGUUACAGAUGUUAUGAUAACAUCUUAAAUGUUUGUUAGAUAUUUUUUAGAUAUUUAUUUUUUUGAAUGUGGUCCAUUUAUUUUAUAGGUAGAGUUGUUGUGGCGUCGUGCAUUGACGGACCCACAGGGAAAAUUUCACUGUCUUGUUAUGGGUGAUUUGCUGGACUAUGACGUUAGCCAGAAGGCAGCCGAUUGUCUGCACACAUUGAUACGAGAUUACGACAAUGAAAGUAAUAUUUCUAUUUUUGGUUUGGUUCUUUUUUAUUAUUGUUUAUUUUCUUUUGCACAAGAAAUCUUUAUCAUCAUCAUAAGCUACCGUGAGGUGUCUAGAAUUAUUUAACGAACCAUAAAAGACGUUGGCGGCUCACAGUAUACUGCGUCACAGGUUCCGCUUUAUCCAUUCCUCUAAUUACCUCACCUCGCAGCGUGGUAGCUUCCUGACAUGUUGGUUCAGGAUUGGCCAUGUUUGCGCUUGGGUGUAUAAAGUUGGAGUCAACAUGGAAGUCAAAAGUUUUCUUUAAACUUCCGAAGGAAUCACAUGAUGCUUCAUGUCAUCGCAAUAGUGUCAUUUGGUAAUUGACAUGAUUGACCUUUAGCAGUCGAACCUAAAUUCUUCUAAGUUUGUUUCUCUUGGGAAAAAACUGCCUUGAUAAUUCACUUUUUCCUGCCCUAAGACACUUUCCACCCAACCUAUGUCUCUUCUGCAUGUUAACAACUUACAUAGACAUCUGAUAUGUUCCUGCUCGUGACAUGUAUUUUGUGAAUGAUGGAUAAGACUAUAGGUGUCAGCUCGUUGUCUGCAAAAAGCAAUUCCUUCCUCAGGUGUGCCUCUUUAGUCAACUUGUCGGACUCUUUCCUCAUCGUUAGCCAGUUUGUGUAGUCUUCUCUCUACAUUUACCGGUGCAAGUGCAGUUCUCGUGAUUGUCUUAGAGUCUUAAUUUUGGCUAGUACCUGUCCCUUCAGUCUUAGACUGAUAUGUUGGAUAGUCGAUGUACGAUUAUUUUCAGAAACGUGACUUUUAAUGAACAAGCGGUCAUCACCUACCUUUAUCACAUUAUUACUUAUUGAGUUAGAAACAGUAAUUUACUAUAACUAUAAUAUCAAAGAAAUAACAUUAACAAUGUGAGUUCUAAAUACAACUUUUGAUCCAUCGAAGAAAAACAAAACUUAAGAGUGUGAUUUAUAAUUAUUUCUGUAACGGAAAGGGUCUGUUUAUAUUCUUCUCCAGACUUUGGUCUUGUGGUCCUCUGCAGCAGUGAAAAUGAAGAACGUGCUCAAAUGGUGGCCGCCCUGGAGGAAUACAAAGUGACAGGAAUACCAAGAUAUCCUAAACCAGAGGAGCUAAGACGUUACCUUCGGGACCAGUUUAUGGCACCUGAAGGACGGCAGGGCUGUUAUCACGGUCAGCACGUGAUUUGGGGACCAGCCGCCGACACCAUUCGCUCCGGAAAGUAGGUUUUUCGACUUACGCUGAGUUGUUUGACAGUCACACACUCUAGACUAAGCGAUGUGUUUGGCUGAACGAAACGUUUCGAUUAUUCGAUUAUUAAACAAGAAGGCUUGAUCAGACCUCUCCAGUGUUUCCAAAAAUUAUGACAUCUAAUGCUUUCUUUUUGCAGCUUAAGUGUUCGCCUAGUAACCUCUACUGAUUCUGGAGUGGGUAAAAGCUUAGUCGUUCAAAGGUUAGCAGAGCAGGUGUCAAACCUUCCAAACAAUCUUCUUAUCACGGAGGAGAUGAAGGAGCAAAAACGAGAUCCUCCAUCAUUGUGCGUGACGAUUCCCUUGCACAAUGAGGGUGCAAGUGUCGCUGAUAUCACUGAAUAUUUCCUUCCACACGCUGUCCAUCCAGAUUUGCCUUUGUCCAGGAUUUUUCAUCUCGAUAGUUCUUGCACGGUAUGUAUUUUCGAGUACCAACAAGAAAAAGAACUGAACGAGUGACUGAGUGACUGCCUAGCAUCAGUCUUUAACUAUAAAAGCAUCUCCCUAAGAUGGGAAUUGAAACACUUAACAAUUACUUGACCUGUUCCUAUUUCAGUAUUACUAUUAAUAAUAAGCUGAUAAUAUAAGGCUUAGGACAAACGUCGAACUUUUCAUGAGACCAACCAAACUCUAAUUUUGUCAACCUAAAUUAAGUUCAGGUCGUCUGUUGGGUCAGACGUCAAACUAAGGAGGCGUCGAACCAAUCAACUGAAUCAGACCAAAAAGCAAUUUUAAUUUUUUUUUCCCGAACGAGGCUAAAUAUACAUUGUCAUACAUUUUUUUACUGGCUAGCUUAGUUCGUCGCAAGUGAAGGUCGAUGUUUGUCCCGGAAGCGAUCUUUGGACGUUCUCUCUGUCUAAAGCAGACGGAUAGAACGUGUUGGACGAUCCAAACUCAUUCAGACGAACAUAACUGAGCCAGACGCCGAACUUUUCAACAACUUAACUCACUAAGUUUGGUUCGUCUCACUAAACGUUCGACGUUUGGCUUAGGGCUAACGCUGUUGAGCUAUUCCACCAGAACUCAAUAAAUCUCUUUUUAUAUACAGACUGACGUUUACAUCAGUUUAGUUAUGUGUCUAUUAUGUGUCACAUGUUUUUCCCCCGAUUUUCAGGUUAUACCUGAUAUUGACACACUGCUGUUUAACUUGCUCAUCCUGGGUGAACUAACAGAUAAUCGUGGACGUGUUUGGAGACGAAACCCCCAUGAUUUGUACAUCCUGGAAAUUACUUACACCUCACCCCAGGUAUGUUAGAUUGCCAUUUACAUCCCAUUUGUCUAUGCUGUUGUUAUUCCUCCUCUCCCCUAUGAUGCCUUUAGAAAAAAAAAGGACGAAUAGACCUAUUCGGCAAACUUAAUGUUGUACCCAAUUCACACGCUUCGGGAAUAAAACCUUUUGUUUCAGGAAUUUCCAUAUCAUUUAAAUGUGAAUGCCACAUUAUAAUGCAAUGACAAUACAUAAAGAAUCUUAACCCCAGGAGAUUUGAAUUGGGUUCAACAUUGAGUUAGCAGAAUAGGUCUAUUUGAUAACGGAUCAUAAAAGUUAAAUGUUCUUUAUUCAAUCUUCAUCACCACGAGAUAUGAAAUAAGAAUUUUUAUAUGUUUAUCCAUUAGAAAGAAGAAACAACAAGCUGCAGGUUUUUCGAACUUCUUCCCACCAUUACGUGCUUUCGUCCAAUGACGAUACUGCCGAUCAGAAACCAGAAAGGUAAUUCACAGCGAGUUCCACUGAUGAAUAAUUCUUAGUUAUAUGCACCCAGUGAUCCUAGUGGUUUGUGAAACUGUACUGGAUUGCUAAGACAGAAGCAUGACUGGCCCUAAAAAUAUUAUCUUGGAACGCCUUACAGUUUAUAGAGGUAUAAAACUAUUCAAAACAAUCAGAGUUUCUCAUUGAUUAACAACUGUAGCUUGUCCGAGGAGAAGGUAACUAAAUUCCAUUCUCUGAGCAAGUCGAUUUCUGAACAUUUGGAAGAUUGCCUAUUAAGAAAGACAAUUAAAGUAAACAAAACAAUUUUAGCGAAAGGCAAACAAUGUAAAAAAGCAACUUUAUUCUCUUUGACAGUACUAGCUGUUUUAGAAAUAUUUUCCCCGUUCACCUCGAUUUCAAACAGAUAUUGAUAUGUUUUCAAUCAGUCCGUUCAUUCAUUUAUUUUUCUUCAUGCGUUAGUGUCAGACGACGCUCUCAUGUUGAGAGGGCAUUAAUGACGCGUUCGAUAGAGCAAAUGCUAAAACACUAUAAUAAUAGCUGUUUGUAAAUAAUACUUAAUUGCUUAAGCCUCAGUAAUAACUAUGCCUUGACUAUCGUGUUUUAAAACCAGAUGAAAGUCCUCUCUUUGAUGAUGAAGAGUUCAAAAGCGAGGCAGUGCAACGUGUGUGGCAGUAUCUUCGACGAUUUAAUGAAGAUCCGCGUGAAAUACAGGACUUUGAAUUUAUGCCUCAAAGAACGGAAGGCAGUCCAAUGGAAUGUUUAAAGGUCUUACUCAGGUUGGUAUAAUUUUUUUUUCGCGACCUACUCAUUCACAGAAGCCUUUUAUUAUUUUAUGUUAUGAGUGCUGUUGGUGAAAAAAAAAACAUUUUAUGAAUUGUUUGUUGAAAUGGUCAGCGCGCAUUCAUGACGAAAAUUUAUUCAACUGGUUCCUCAUAAUCCACUACUGUGUCCUUGUUAGUGGACUUCAUCUUUUACGAUAACCUCAACUUGUUUUACAAUGACAGAUUUGCCUUUGACUCUUGCGUUGCCCGAAUAACCGAACAACGGUGAUUUUGUAUCCUUAAUAUAACCUCAUGGCAAUUUGUAGCUUUCUCGGACCACUGUGUAAAAUGUACCCCCACAAAUGUCUAUUUAUUCGGUCGAACAAAAUUCAUUUUUACCAUUAUUUUCACGUUUUGUCUCUCGCUGUCCAUAGGAACUGUGGCGUUCAUAACCCAUCAUGGUUCGAGCUGCGGCAGUUUGUUAGCUUUCUUAAUCACCAACUUCUGGACUGCGAGCAAAGUGUGUACUGUAAAUCAGAAUUUACUGGGGACACUUUGGAAGGUUUUCGAAUUUUUGUAGUGAGAUUUAUGAUCAUUAUGUCAAAGGUGAGAGUAACUGUAGGGUGCUUUAGAUGAUUGAUGAGGUAAUUCUGGAUAUACUAGCAAAUGAGGCACUAAAUACACCCUAAAAUGCUUUAGAUGAGACAAUCCUAGACAUACAAGGCAAAGUAAAACAUAUUUAGUAAACUUGUCAAAAUUUUUGAACUAGAACUUUACUUUAGUUUCAGAUUCAGGUCAGUUUAGUUUUUUGUUCACACUUCAUAUAAUAUGAGUAACAUAGGAAUAAGUAACAAUUAAGAGAUGAAAAUAUACGAGUAAACGGCUUUGAGAGAAAUGUACGGUGGUCAGAGGAGCACAGCUUUCAAGCUAACAACCGCAGGAAAAUUAUCUAAAACGAACCCAACACAUUUUCAGUUUCAUGAAUUGAAUCAUUAUUUCUUGCCGUUAUUUAUCAAACACAAAAUACAAUGCUGGACUAGUCUGACAAGACUCAGGGCUAGGUUGUUCGAAGCUGGGUUGAGGUAAACCAGGGUUAGUGCUAGCCUCCCGCGCAAACGACCUUAGGGAUUCGUCACGCGUUCCUGCCCCACGAACGUCUGCUGAACGGAAAGAUAAAUUCCUUUCCCAUUGUUCGCAAAUAUCGGCUGGAGAUCACAUGCAGAUUAUCGAAGAUCCAAUCGGCGCUGUUCAAGUCAAAGUGUUGACAAGCCAAACAGAUACAUACAAGCUCUGUAGAGUGUGAUACGUGACCAAAGAUUUUAGCUUCUGAGAAGAAUAUAGGAGAUAAGCGUUGGCUUUUUGCAUAUUUCUUUCUGUAAAUGCUGGAUUAGAUGUCAUUUGCUCAUAAAGUUGUUCUUUGGGUGAUGUAACAGCGGGGUUACCUUGUAAGUCUGAAAAAAGGCAGAAUUUUUUUCACACGUUAUUGUUUUGUAGGAAAGCCGACUUCCGUUCCGCAAAUUUAACUUCCGAGAUGAUUUUUUUCAACGAGAUUCUGAGGGUAACCACUAGUAUAACGCUUGUAAGUUAACUGAGUACUUUGUUCUAAAACUGUAAGGUCUUCACCUUUCAUGCGACCUUUCUGAAUUGUUCUGGAGCUAUAUAAAAAGUCAAGCGCGAAAUUUCUCAAGGUCCAAAGUGCACUUCCCAGAUCUGGAAGUCUGCUGUGAUUGGUCUACGUUUUUUCUGCUCAAGUCAGCAGACGUUCGUGGGGCAGGAACGCGUGACGAACCCCUAAGAACGUCCGCAUGGGAGGCUAGGUUAGUGCGAAAUUUGAAAGCAGGUAUGAGGGUUCAAAAAGCAAAUUCAGUUUAGUUCUCUUUGCCUACAAUUUGAUGAUUGGAUACUCUAAAAAGAAUAGAGAAAAUUAUUCUAGAGAGUGCUUUUGAUAAAAAGAAAAAGAAACCUGGGUUAAAACUUAUCCCCGGGUUAGCGCUAACCGUCGUUCGAACAACUGGGCCUAGGAGACUAGACUGGACGGAAGAAGGCGAAAGAGCACAGGGGUUCACUCGACUCAAUACCGGGUGUCUGGUUCACACGCUUAUGAUGGAGUCCGUUCAAUCUGAACUAUCCUUCUCCAAUCCCUAGCAUUGCAGCUAGCCAGAGUUCACGCUUAAAACGACGUCCUGUCUUUGUUACUAGGAUUUUUCCUUACGGUCAUUACAAGAAACAGAUGAAAGAGGCAUGCAGCAGACAGAUGAUGAAAGUGACAUUCGUCCCCUGCAACUACGGCGGUCCUGGGAGCAAAGGUAAGAUACGUCGAUCUAUUACUAGCUAGAAAUACGUGUAUCGCAGAACCUCCCACACUUGUUAUAUGGAGUCCCUUGCAGGGCGAAAGAAUUAUUUCUCCUGGCAGGCAAGCAUCACACACUAAUAUCCUGAGGAGAACCGAAAUACAGAAUGGGAUGUUCUUUUCGAAUAAUGGGAUUCAAAAAAGAGCUAAGGCUAGCACUACAAUAAAUUUUUGUUAUGUUUGACUUAAAAGACGCAGCUGUGUUUAUCUUGCUAUGUAUAUAUAUUUAACUUCGAAUGGUUUUGAGGAAAAAAAUGUAAUAAAAGUUGUAAACGAAAAUUCUGUUCAGUACGGAUUUUGCUUACAAAGGGAACGCUUCCGUGCAUGCACACAUUAUCGGUGUUCUCAACUGUUCAUUGUAAAAUAAAGUUUUAAACAGCUGUAAAACCCAUUGCUGCUAAUGGUGUAAAGGCUUGGGCUGUCCUCAGUCCGUUGGAAAGAGGAAUUCCUGCCGGUUAGGUUUGCUUUUUUGUGUCAUUUACAUGAGCAGGAGCCAAAAUGGCGCGUGAUUCACCGACAGUAACCAUUCACAGAAUCAGCUCUUCAUGAAUAAAACAUGAUAGUGCGUUAUGUUGCUUGGAAACACAAAAUGCUCUGUGACGUCAACUGUGCACACCCAAGAGAUAUAUAGAAACAUUAGCCACUCGAGUUAUUGCUUCGCUAUGCGAUGACAUAUUAAUAAACCUUGCCGCCAGGGCGCUUCGCUCGGAAUUAACGUGAAAUAUAAGGUACAUAUUAUAAUGUUUCUCUUUCGCGUUUACUUCAUAGAACCUGUCUGUCAAUAUUCUAAACUUUUAGAAAUUAUCUUCCCAUUAGCUCAGUGUUAGAAAAAUCUUAUCUUCUAGUAUUGAGUUACUCGAAAGUCCCUUGUGAUUGUAAUAACACUGCUUAGGAGUUAUUUACUGAAGUCGCCUACUAUUGAAAUUCAUCCUUGGCUAUACUAAUUUUUGAUUGCAGUACUCAUCCGUAUCUAUUUUUCCAUCCGGAUCAUGUGACCCUUUCUUUUCUUGGAUUCAAAGUUGAUGAAGAUGGAAAUGCUGAGUUCUUGGACCCUCAAACUGGAGAAAUUAGUCAAAAAAGUUUAAUGCCACGACGUCUUCGCACGGGACUUUAUGUACAAAAUGUGGACCUGAACCACGACUUUGAGAGCAAGAAUAAGUACGUUUGUAACGGCCCAGACAGAAGAUUCUCAUUUAUAUGGAUACCUGCAUGAUACCCUCCUGUUUUUACACUAGCAAAUUAGUUAAGGGGGGCAGUUUUUAAAUUUCCUUUCUUUUCUUUAACAACGCUACAUCGCUAACAAAAUGUAGGGUAUCGUAUCAGGCCUUAGUGCGCCCGAUCCCAGCUUGCAAGAAAUCUUAUUAUCAAGAGAACGGGAUACUUAGGGCGCUUUACAUUUGUCAGAACUGACCGGCCAGACCAUUCCCGUCGUAAUGGGAAUUUCACUUUUAAUCAAGACUAUCCUACCAGAUCAGUCAAAUCCUAAAAUUAAUAGUAUGCACGAAGGAGAUGGUUUUUCAGCAAAACCCAUUUCAUUUGCUAAGCAACUGGUCUGGCCGGCCAGUUCUGACAAAUGGAAAGCGCCUUUAAACCCAGUCAGCAAAAACAGCACACAUGCCCCGUUUUGCAACAAGUUCUUGUUUUGCACUUAUAACUUACCGAUAACUGUUUGUUUCUAGAUGUGAAAUAAUGGAAACUUUGUGUAAGGUCAUGGGCCUGCAUUGGGGGAUGAUUGACCCUGAUAAAUCCCAUGAGCUGACUGGAGACAAUGCUAAGAAAAUUCUUGCCAUACACAUGAGAUUCAGAUGUAACAUCCCUGUAAUCAUCAUGGGCGAAACAGGUUGUGGAAAGACACGCCUUAUUCGUUACAUGUGUGGUCUACAGACAGGGGGACUGGAAUGCAAAAACCUGCUGUUGAUGAAGGUAAUAGAUUUUAAUGUAGCUAGAAAAGAGUUAAGACUUCAGCGAAAAAGCACCUAAAAUAUUAGCAAUAAUGUGAAAAAGACGACGUGAGUGUGGGACAAAGAGCAGCUCAUCUGAUUUUACCAAGAACCACUCUGACGCCGCAACUACUGACACUAAAGAGAAAAUCAUGUGGACCUAAGCCAUUUUACGAGUGAUGUCUGAAAUGCUUCCUGCUGAAUAUUACUUAGGUCAACAAUGUCGAAAGCACUUGAACGGGGAUAAACAUCGAAAUUUGGAAAGCUUGGCACCUUUGAUUUCGGUGAAGAAAUGUGAACAUUGAGUUUAGCAAUAACUGAUCAUGAGAAAUAAUCGUUGCCGGAUUAGUUCCUGCAAUUGUCUUUAAGAUUGUAGACGCUGGAAAAGUGUUUAUCUGUUAAAUAUUCCUCAUGUAAGGAAUAACAGGAGAGUGAGGAUAAAUCCGAUAGAAAAACAAAACCUGGAACGCCAUUACGGUGUCUGGGAGAUCAAGGGCUCGAAUCCUUUCACAGACCCAGGUCAUGAGGUUAACUGCGAAGAAGAUGAAUACGUAAUUCUAAUUGGGCCGUCGAUAAAACAAAUCAGUGUUUUUAUACUAUCUUUUUUUGUGAAUCACCUGUACCGCUUGCAACGACCGGUACAAGAAACAUGAAUCAGAGUGCAUAUUUCGGCCUAUUGAUAAAAUGAAUUUGUCCUUGCAGAGUCACCCUAUUCGACGUUUCACUAAUGACAUUGAAGGUUAAAAACCCUCUAUAUGAUAGCCUUAGUAAGUUAUAUAUCGUUUUGAUGGACGUUUGAAAUUUUCUUUUCUAAAGAUUCAUGGUGGGACAACUUUCAAAGACAUUGAAAGAAAUGUUGUUCACGCAGAGGAGAUGGCCGUCCGCAACGCACAACGUGGCUUUGACACCGUUCUGUUUUUUGACGAAGCUAACACCACUGAAGCUUUGGGCAUGAUCAAGGAAAUCAUGAUCGAUCGGAGAUGCAAUGGGCGUCCACUCUCUUUGAAGAGUAACCGUCUGAAAUUCAUUGUUACUUGCAACCCAUAUCGAAAGUGAGUCUUCUGCUUGUAUGUUUACAGGAUACAUAUACGUGCACAAAAGGAAGUAUCAAUGUUCUAUAUUGGGUCUUGGUGAAUGCUUAGUAAUGGUAACCGCCUUAAAAUAUAGCCAACGUAGAAUUGCCUUUAAAAUGCUUACCUCAUAAUUUUGAAUAAGCUACAGGAAUUUGGGUUUGUUAUUAGCCUUAGUCUUAAGCAUGUAAUAGAAACAGGAGUAAAUGUUUUAGUUAAAAUUAUAAAGUUAACACCUCUUCUAAUACUAGGCAUACCGAUGAAAUGAUAAAGAAACUGGAGUCAGCAGGACUGGGAUACCGUGUAAGAGCUGAUCAAACAACCGAACGCAUUGGUAAGGUUAAUCAUCUGUUUACGAUGAUCCUGCUUAUGUUAGAGCAUUUUAAGUUAAGGUAUUUCCCUUGAAAAUGUUGUUCUAUCUCGAUCUUUUUUUCCUAUUUAACAGGAUUAAUAGCCAUUUAAUUUACAGGACACUGGCAUAAAAUGAGGGCACCCCGCCUCUUCUUAGAGUGUGUGUCCUUUUUUCUAUUAUUUCCAAAAACUAUGAAUGUUUCUGAAACUCUGAAACCUAGAGCCUAUUAAUAUGUUUGGGCUAAAAUCGUUUGCUGAAGUGUUUUCAAAUUGACCUGUCUUGCAAAUGAUGUAAGAAAACUGGACCCUUACAUCUUACCAAAACCCUUUAGCCACCUUUGAUUUGGCAUUAUUAUGCGUAGCAGGCGAUGAGCAGUAUCACAUUGACUUCUCUUAAAUUUUAAACAUUAACAGGUGAAAUUCCUUUGCGUCAGCUGGUGUAUCGAGUUCACGCACUACCAGAGAGUAUGCGCAGUCUUGUGUGGGAUUUUGGACGCCUACAGCCAGACGUGGAAGAGAAGUACAUUUGUCAGAUUGUAAAGCGUUAUGUAAGUAAACGAUAAAUGGUAAAAAUAGUGGAUUAGGACCUAUCGAUGAGAUUGCACAUUACAAUCACCAUCAUAAAAUGCACAGCAUCAACAGUUUCUAAAUUUUUUUGAAUUACCCCCGCACACGGUAAUUACACACAUUCUACGUUUCUACAGGUACUAGACGAACAGCACUUUCAGGGAGACGACGGUUUGGUCAAAACUAUAGCAAGGAUCUUGUCAGUGUCACAGCAGUUCAUGGGAAAGAGAAAGGUGGAGCAAACGUUUUUAAAUUGUUUCAUUAGAAUUUGUUCGUUCGUAUAAGCAAACGUUGGAGACUGAGGCAUGUUAUUCCUGUGGUACCUGUCUUAUCGUUGCAUUGACGGAUCGCAAACUUUGAAAAAAUACAUGUCUCCUUCACGAUGUCAGUGUCCUUUUAAUUUGAUUUUAUUUUAAUUUUUACAUUUUUGUCUUCAUUAUAGGAUGAAUGCAGUUUCGUCAGCCUUAGAGAUGUGAAACGAGCUAUGGAGGUCAUGGUCUGGUUUUAUGAACACUACAAAUAUUUUGCGCUUUUGGUGCAAAGUGAAGAUCAGGAAAGUAAAGAAAGAAGAGACAGUGAAGAAGACGAGGACGAUAAAGAAGAAACGCCACAUGUCCAUUCGUUUGGGAAAAAAGUAGAGCUUUUAGAUGAAAUGCCCAUGCCUCAAGAAGAACUUUCUGAUUCCCGUAUCCCAUUGCCUGACGACGAAUUUUUGUAUGUAGAUGGAAUAUCCAUGCCAAAAGCAAGACAUUUUGAAUCCGGUAUCUCGCUGCCUGUAGAAGACAUGGAUGAUUCGGCGAAUUUCACUGGGGUAAUGGAACCGGUUAAUGUUGCAUUGCACUAACGCAAGUUGUUUAAGGCCCGAUUUAAUAUAAAGUACACCACGAGGAAAUAGCCCAAGUCAUCCGCAAAUUGGAAAUAAUAAAAAGGAAAGAACAAAAUAACAUGGCUUGUAAGCCCUUAGCGAAUAGCUUAGCACGCACAAGCGAGAAGGCCAAAUGCGAAAACAAAGCGAAAUCUUUCACUUGUCCGAUUUACAUCGUCCUUGCCGUUGCAUGGACAGCCUUAAGCCUGGUACAUUUCUCAAAACACUUUGAUUAAGACGUAGUCAUCGUAUCGGAUUUUCAAUAUUUGGAAAUCACAACAUAUUGUGUGGAUAUUGUUUUCUUGAGUAUGGGGAAAGUUUUUGGUUGUUUUUGCAGCGAAUAGCCAUGGUUAUGCAUGCGUCUCAUUUUCUUAUUUACUACAGCCUGAGGAAACACUUGGAGAUGACCUCGACCCAAUCACUUGGUCACUAAUUAUGGCUCUUGGAGUUUGUUACCAAGCGCGAUUACAAAACCGAGACGAAUAUCGACAGGAAGUGGCAAAAGUAUUCAGUCCUCCAUGCAGGCUUCCUGGCGGUCCAGACAGAAUAGAGACAGAGAUCACUCGGUUAGUUUUUUACCUUGAAGCUCAGACUGACUUUAUUUUCAUAGUAGCAGUGUUUGUAACAAAAUGGUAACUUUAGAUUGCUGAAAGCUGUUGUUAAACUUUCAGUUGCAAUUGACAACACAGUUUACUUUACCUAUUUCUAAACUACCAGUCCUAUAAAGAAAUUCAAUAGCCCGAAGAAUUUUUUCAAGUUUCUCUUGACUGUGGCAACGUCUUUACUAUAAUUUACAUGAGAUAAGGUACCACCCUAGUUUUUACUUCGUCUUCCUAAAUUUUAUCAGUUUAUAAAAUUUAUUGAGCUCAGUCCGACCUUUUAUAUUUAAUUUAGAUUAAGACAUAUAAGAAACUGAUGAUGUCGGACUGAGCUCAAUUUGCCAACGGAUAGGCCAGUUAAACUAGAUGAAAUGAAGAUUUGACAAAGUCGUUUUACCAAGUCGUCGGAAUAAAUGGUGAAAGUUUAAGGGAUAGAAUUAAUUUAUUCCCCUUUUCUGUGUUACUAGUUUUUCCCGUCAAUGAUAUUCGAUGUACUGAGUAAACCCCUAGCCCCUACUACAAUUUCUGAAUUUCAUGUCCUCUAUUUCAUGUAGUGCGGUUACUAAUCCUACCCUGAAUGCCAAAGAUCCCGCUUACAAGCGGCGAGCUAAGAAGCAUAAAGAGCGAAUUACUGAACUGUGCUGCCCAAUCACGUCGUCCAAAAAAAAAGAGAAAAAGAAAACGUCUGGCACUCAGGGUAUUCGAUUGCACGCAUGUAGUGGUAAGCUACCAUAUGACUUGAUAGCUCACUUUGACAAUAUUUUCCUUCGUAAAGCUGUCAACAAGCUGUAAUGAAGGAACUCAAGCUUGGCCCUAACAUUGCCCGCAACACAGCAUUAAGCGAGAACGUGUUCAUGAUGUUGGUGUGCAUUGAACUCAGAAUUCCACUGUUUGUAGUUGGUAAACCAGGCAGCUCCAAAUCUUUAGCAAAGACUGUUGUGGCUGAUAACAUGCAAGGUGAACGAUCAUCAUCAGAGCUGUUUAAAAAUUUUAAACAGGUGAGUCAGAAAUUUGGUAGCCCUCUUGCCAGGUUUGCAAGUCUUCACAGUUUCUUUCAAUUAGGUAUAAUACAACCGAGUAUAGUACAGUAUAUAAACAUAAUAUACCCUCCACGGUUUUUCCACGGUUUAAGAGGGACGAAUUUUCAUCGUCUCAAAACUAGUAAACGUACAAAGUCUUAGGGUGAUACGUCCAAAGCGACGAAGUUAUUACUACACAAGGUCGCGAAUCUUCACUGAGAUUUUUUCGGGAGGAGCGCGAACUUGCCUCCCAUCAUGCAAACUUUUGUAAAUUUUUUUGCAAAGUUAUAUCUUCGUUAAUUUUUAACAAAUCACUUUCAAACUUUGUACGUUUACUGCAGUGAUUUUAAGGCGUUCUGAUGGAUGUUUGCUUACUCGUCCCAGUCAAAAGUUGAAAAAGCACUAGACACAACACUAAGUGCAGUUACCAGCAUGGUGAACCACACGAGGACUUAUUUGUGUUUCCGUCGUUUAAAACAGAUUCAGCUGAUUUCGUAUCAGUGCAGUCCUCAGUCUACCCCUGAAGGUAUAAUGGCAACCUUCCAACAAUGCAGCGAGCUUCAAGACCGCAAACGGGCAGAGACAAUUUACGACAAGUUUGCCUCGGUGGUAGUGCUCGAUGAGGUGGGACUUGCAGAGGAUUCCCCAAAAAUGCCCCUAAAGACGUUACAUCCUCUGUUGGAGGACAGCGAUAAAACUCAAGAUGACGUCAUUGAAACUGAAGAAAGUUUUUCUCGCGUUGCUUUCAUUGGCCUAUCAAACUGGGCAUUGGACCCUGCCAAGAUGAACCGUGGAAUUAUGCUGUCUCGUGGUGAACCUUCUGAAAAUGAGCUUGAAGAAACUGCCAGGUAUUUUUUCUGUGUGUUAAGAUUUCUGUGUGAUAGCAAUAGGUAAUGCGUCAGAAGGGGGGAAGUGUGUUACAAAAAGAAACACAAUUGUACAGGAGCAAUAACCUUCCAAAGGUGUUAGGGAACUGUCGGGCAUGAUGACUAUGCAGUCUAUUUAUUUAAUCUCUUUCACUUGUGUGUUAAGAUUUCUGUGUGAUAGCAAUAGGUAAUGCGUCAGAAGGGGGGAAGUGUGUUACAAAAAGAAACACAAUUGUACAGGAGCAAUAACCUUUCCAAAGGUGUUAGGGAACUGUCGGGCAUGAUGACUAUGCAGUCUAUUUAUUUAAUCUCUUUCACCACGGUUACAAUACUAAGAUAAGAAUAGGAUAAAAUAUACAUUUGAACAAAAUUGCAAGAACGAAAGACGAUGGUGCGGAACGCAAAACAGAGAAGACAAAAAUAUAUUUGCAGGAGUAGGAAAAGAAAGCCCAAAGCUACACCAAAAUUGUCUUUCAAAAAUUGUACGACUCCAGUCGAUUCCCUAGUUUUUAGCAAUAUCUCAUGAAGGUGUUCGCGGGAUUAUUAUUUUAUACAUUGUUUUUUUAACUUUAUAGAGGGAUUUGUGGUGGUGACUCUGACGUUAUGCCUUGGCUAGAGAAUUUAAUACCUCCUUUAGUCACCGCCUACCGUGACCUCUACCAAAGACAGAAAAACAUAGCAAGAUUACAGCAUGGAAAGAAAGACGAGUUUUUCGGCCUUAGGGACUUCUACAGGUGUGUUGUUUAGCUUGAAUUACAAAUCUUAUCGAUGCUGAUCAAGUUUGUAAGGAUUGUGGUCUGUCUGUGUUGAUUAUGAUGCGCCAGUAGUCAAACGCAUUGUUUUUUUUUUGUUGUUGUUUUUUUUUUAAUGCCUUAAACAGUGUACAUAAGGUUUCUUCCUGAAAUUCACCUGACACUGUGGGUAGAUUUUAUUUCUAUACCUCGUUGAAAAUCAUUUUGGUAGUUAUUGUAAAGGAAUGUUAAUUAUAUUUGUCUCUUAUUAUCUCAGCCUUGUGAAGAUGGUCUUCCACAUUGCAAAGAAACAGAGACGUUCUCCAAACUGGCAAGAGCUUGAACAUGCAAUUAAAAGAAAUUUCGGCGGAUUACUGGAGGAGGAUUUUGUCCCCGUGAAAAUUAUUAAGCAACACCUUCGUUUUCCACCCGAAUUUCUACAGGUUAGAUUUACAUUUUUAAAUACUGCAAGUAAAAGCAACGCAAGAAAACAGACAAUCAUUUCACAAUCAUGGCUUCCUAUGCUUCUUGAUUUAUCGGCUAUUCUUUUUACGUUACUAAAGGUAUUUUUUUCCGUUUAAUAACUACAGUCGAACUUCCACUAACAUCCACCUCUCCAUAACGGCCACCUUUCUACAACAGCCGCUUUUUUGGCGGACAGUCCUUACAUUGACUUGUUUAAACCUCUCCACAACGGCCACUUUCCUCUCUCCCCAAGAAGGCCAUUUAGGAGAGAUUCAGACAAAUGUAUGUGAUAAUAGAAGUACAUGAUGUUAUAAUACUAAAUGAGACAUUUCUGAAAUUUGAUUGGCUUAGAGCAGUGGUAUUUAAUAGCAUAAUUUGUACGUGAUAUUUGGCAUUAAUACCACUCGUGAUAUUUCGAAAUUGCCUCAAAUUUCACUCGCCUAACGGCUCGUGAAAUUACGUAUAACAAUUUCGAAAUAUCACUCGUGGUAUUUAUGCCAAAUAUCACUACAAAUCAUGCUAUUACCUAUNCUUCCACUAACAUCCACCUCUCCAUAACGGCCACCUUUCUACAACAGCCGCUUUUUUGGCGGACAGUCCUUACAUUGACUUGUUUAAACCUCUCCACAACGGCCACUUUCCUCUCUCCCCAAGAAGGCCAUUUAGGAGAGAUUCAGACAAAUGUAUGUGAUAAUAGAAGUACAUGAUGUUAUAAUACUAAAUGAGACAUUUCUGAAAUUUGAUUGGCUUAGAGCAGUGGUAUUUAAUAGCAUAAUUUGUACGUGAUAUUUGGCAUUAAUACCACUCGUGAUAUUUCGAAAUUGCCUCAAAUUUCACUCGCCUAACGGCUCGUGAAAUUACGUAUAACAAUUUCGAAAUAUCACUCGUGGUAUUUAUGCCAAAUAUCACUACAAAUCAUGCUAUUACCUAUACAAAUUAAUCCAACGACAGUCCAAACGGGCUCACCUUUGUCAGAGAAAUUUUUUUAAUUCAAUUAUUUCAAAAUUCUUAAACAUGCAGCCCUCUUACUUAUAAAAUUUUCGUAACAAAACUGAAUUUUUAAAUUUUCAUUCUUUUGUAUUUUUAUCAAACUAUAUUUAAGAAUUUUUCAUUUUCCUUUUUUUGCCCUUUGAGGACCGUAAUUCAGGUGAUCGAAAGCUUGUAUUUUAUAAACAUUUUAAGCCAGAGAACGUUUUUUAACAUUUGAUCAAGCCUGGCUGCGGCACUGCUAUCUUUUCAAGUUUACAGUUAUACCUAUUUCCAAAAAAUAACGAAUAUAUUUUUUAAAAAGUUUGUAUAUCGUGUAUUACAGCGCAGAAAGUCAUACCAUGCCAACAUUAAAGUAUUACCGAACUAAUGCGAUGAUAGGUGUUUCAUCGCUUUACAUCUGCCUCAUAUUGUAGGCUGCUCUUGCUUACCAUAUUCUUACGGGCUUAAAAUACGAUUUUUUGUGUCAACAAGGAUAAACAAGGCUCUUUUUUAAUAUGUAUAGGUCGAAAAAUUUUCUUAGACUAGCGGUUUCAACGUCACCAAAGGUUUGAUAUCAUUCGAUCCAAAUUUUUCUUCCUUUGUCUUGGCCCAGAGCGCACCACGUGACCUAAAAAUAAUUGCCUAUAAAUAAUGGUCUGCUCAUGCGCAAUGUCGUUCAACUGUGUUCUGCUGCAGAUAAUAGACUGCUCAUGGGUAAAUGAAACCACUCUUUCCUCUUUCUUGUGAUCACUCUUGUGUAAAAAUGUAGGAGCGCUUCGCUUUCCAAAGAUUAUCACUAUAAAACAAACUUGAAUGAAUGAUAAAACAAUUACUGGAUUCGGUUAUCACAAAAUAUCGUGAUUUGUCAGUGGCGAGUAGAUCAAUUAUUUGCCGACGCCGUAAAUGUUAAUUACUCUCCUUUGCCUACAGGAUGAGGAGGACCACCUGGGUCUUGACAAUCUGAGCCUCAUUCGGGACAGCUUGAGUGGCGGAAGCUUAAUGGGGUGAGUUGAUAGUAGUCUGAAAUGUUCAAUGCAUUCCUCACUUGCUGUAUUCGUGAUGGUUGUUCUCCUGACAAGCCUUUUUUUACCGCAUAUUUAAUCCUCAAAUGAAAUAUCGCUGUCAGUUUGUCCUCGUGAAAAAAUUGACUGACUUAUUUGUCGUGUA